CUCCACAGGCUCACUUCUCCGCUCUUAUCACUGCUUAGUAAAUGUCCCCCUUAGAGAGCUAUAAGAUGUGCAGGAGGAAGGUGAUACAGUAUAUGGUUACAGAGCUCUGCUCUGCUCCCCAUACUCCCUAUUAGGGCACAAAUAAUGGUAAAGUAAGAAUUGUGAGGUAAAUAUUUGUAAUAAAAGGAGGGACUGCCUUCAGAAGAGAGGGACGCGUGUGAGCGGUGUGUGGUAUAUGGAGCACAGCAGGGAGGGGGCUCGGAGCUGCAGAGUCGGGGAGGAGCAGAGUCUGCUCACAGAUGCUGCUGCCAUGGACACCACAGAAUCUGCUGCAGGAGUGAUGCUCUGACUACUGGGGAAUAUCACUGUGACCAUUCAUGGAUCCUCCUGGACAUUUCCGCCUGUAUGACACAGACUUUGUGCAGAAUGGUCGGGCUGUCACCGGUUUAUGGGCUUCCUGCACCAUGCUCCUUGGCAUCCUGGAUAUCGUGGUGCUUCUGCAGCCGUCCUGGGUCUUAGGCGGGGAGGGUAGUGGGCAGUUCGGACUGUACCAGGUGUGUGAGGAAUCAGACUGGGGCACAGACUGCAGGGGUCCGCAGGGCGCUCUAGAGGCUCUUCCCCCCUUCCAGACAGCGGCUGGGUUCAUGGUGGUGGCCCUGCUCCUGGUCCUGCUCAGCCUAGCCUGCCUUGGCCUGCUGUAUUUCUGUCACUCGGGGAUGGUCUGCAAACUAAGCGCCUGGCUUCAGCUCAGUGCUGCCUCUUGCCAGGCCCUGGCCUGUGUCCUCUUCCCAGAUGGCUGGGACUCUCCUGCCGUCCGGCACCUAUGCAGCUAUCGCUCGGACAGGUAUGAGCUGGGAACCUGUUCUGUACAUUGGGGCUUUAUACUGGCCAUACUGGGAACAGCGGACUGUCUGGUUUUGUGCGUCCUGGGCUUCACCCUUGGGAAGCGUGGAGAUACUCUGAACCCUACUGACGUGAAAGAUGUCAAAAAAGGUUUCUCUUCGGUCAUCCCCUGACAACUUCUGACGACAAGCCAUGUUUUCUGGCCGGCCUCCUCUUCCCUGGGCACUCUCUCCCAUGCCUCCCCUGCCUUUAUUUGAAGACAUUGUAAUGUAAUAUUUUUAUUUAACAGUAAUAAAAACUGGGUGGCGGAAUAUCA